ACAGUAACGGCCGCUCCCCAGCCGCCACCCCCAGCCCAGGCGCCGCUGCUUUGUCCAGCUCUAUGGCAACAGCGGGCAGCGCGGAGCAGGCAGCCCCAGGCCGCGUGCCGUGGGGCGGCGGUCGUUCCCCAGACAGCGGGGCUGGGCAGCUGGGCCCCCUGACAGGAUGCCGGAGAAGCGGCUCUCGGCGGAGCCGCCAGAAGUUACAGAAGAAGAGUUUGAAAAUUAUUUGGCAACAGACAACUUCCUUGUGGAUUACUUUAAUGAGUUCUUAAGUCUCCCUACCUUUCCAGAGGCAAUUCGAUUUAAUGUAGACUACGGAGUUUUUGAAGUAGUUAAUGAUGCACCACAACUUCUGGAAAAGCAACUGAAAAAAAUUCUGCAAAGCCAGCAACCUCGAAAUCCCAUCUAUGAUGUUAUAAGAAAAGGGAAGAGUGACAGUAAACCUAUUCAAAAAAGUGUCCCCUGGGAAGAUGAGGCCAUCAAUGUCAACUAUACCAUCAUGUGUCUCAAGCGCGAACAAGGUAUUAAUUGGAUCAAACAGAAAAGACUUCCGGCAUUUCUGGAAAGCGAUUGCUACUUUGAAUACAGGUUAGCAAAGUUGAUCUCGCAAGCCACAUGGAGCAGCUCAGGCAUGAAUUUCAUAGUGGGUACAAACUUUUCUCCCUGGAUCCUGAGAAAACCGCCCACCCCGCUUCUUUCCAGCAGUGAAGAAGACAAUUGCAUGAUUAUGAAGAAGUUCUAUGUUUCUCUUGGCCAGGCCUCCUAUACUCAAACAAAAGACUGGUUUACACUAGCCAAGGAGAGUGAGAAGACCGUAACGACGUUUUCAUUACCCUGUUGUACACCCCACCACCAGACUGCAUCCCCAGUUAUUUCCACGGCUUCUGAGAUUUUCGAUGAUGGAAUUCACCCCAGGACAGUAAAAAGCCUGUCUAGAACCUCUAAAGUAGUUCCUGAGCUGGAUGAAGAAGAAGAAGGGUCUAUAUCAAUGAAAGAUUCACCUUCUCAAGCUCUUCUGAGGAUAUACCUGGAGAAGAAGGAUGACCAAGACAGGAACCUGACCCUGCACUUCUCGUCACUUGAAGAAUUCCUAAAUGCCUACAUCAUCUUUAUCCUGAGAGAGGCCAUCCAGCAUAUCACAGGCCAGAACCUUAGUGACACUCCGGACUACAUCGACUACUACAAAGUGUCCCAUGUGAUAUUUGAUAAAGUCCAGCCUGAGCCUAGCAAUAGGGCUACAGCUUCACCCCCUGUUGAAGUUGAAGAGGAAAUCGCAAAAGAUAGAUUGGAAAAUGUAAGUUUAAGUUCAAAGAGUGAGAGUGUUGGGCCUGAGAGCAGGGCAGACUGGUGCAUCUCUCACAGGACCUAUGACAUUGGCAACAGAAGGGAAUUUGAAAGAUUUAAGAAGUUUCUAAAGGGCACACUAGGAGAGAGGUACUGGUGGCUGUGGAUGGACAUAGAGAGGCUGAAAGUGCUUAAGGACCCUGGAAGACAUCAAAGACAUCUUGAGAAAAUGAAAAAAUGCUACCUUGUGAGCAGUGGGGAGCGCUACCUUUCUACAGAAAUCUUAUCGAAGUUUAAGCUGCUGCAUGGAUCCUGGUGGACAGAAGACCAUUUGAGAAACAUUCAGGUUGAGGUUUUAAAACCUCUGCUUCUGUAUUGGGCACCAAGAUUUUGUGUAACACAUUCAGCUUCUGCAAAAAACGCUAGCACUGAGCUGAAGUUCUGGCGCCUUCGACAGGAGAAGCCCAGGAAGGAUGUUGACCCUUUUCCACAGAUGGCCACCCUCCUGCCAUUAAGACCGAAGUCUUGCAUUCCACAGACCCCUGAGGUCCAGGGAGAAGAAAUUGGUUUAUUUCAACCAUCUAAAUCUAAGAAAUUAUCAAAAAUAAAUGCAGGAACUCAAAAACUUGGGAGAAACGAGUCUCUGCAGCUAGUUUCUUCUAAGGAGGACGGGGUUGAGAAAGGGUCAAAGAGGCUACCAGAGAGCACCACAGUGGUGCGCUUGACAUCUUUUACUGACAUCUCCGAGUGUCUGAAGCCCCAACUGGAGAGAAAAUAUACUUACACAGAAGAGCUUAAAGUUAAAACUGUAUCAAAUGUUGGAGCCUUAGGAGGAUUUCAUAUGGAAAACUUGUUGCAAUCUUUAUAUGUAGAAAACAGAGCUGGAUUCUUUUUUACUAAAUUCUGCGAGAAUUCAGGGAACAAGGCUUAUCAUCAGCUGUUCUACCAAGAAACACUUCAACCUUUCAAAGUAUGCAAGCAAGCCCAAUAUCUUUUUGCCACUUACAUUGCUCCGUCAGCCAGCCUGGACAUUGGACUUGAUCAGGAAGGGAAGAAAGACAUUUACAUGAAAAUACAGCCACCAUUCGAAGAUCUAUUUGACACAGCAGAGGAGUUUAUCCUUCUCAGCCUUCUGGAACCCUGGACACAGAUGGUGAUGUCAGACCAGGUGGCUUACAAAAAGGUGGAACUACAAGAAGAGACUCGGCAGCUAGAUUCCACGUACUUCAGAAAGCUACAUGCUUUGCAUAAAGACGUACUUUCCAAGAAGGCUGAGGAUACCACUGGAUCUGCAAGGGCCACACUGUCACUCUCAGACAUCUCUAAACAGACAGAGUAUUGGCUUAAUGUUCCUGAGGAAUACAAGCACUUUACCUUUAAUGAUCUACUUAACAACAAACUGGAAUUUGAACAUUUCCGUCAGUUUCUUGAGUCUCAUUCUUCAAGCAUUGACCUUAUGUGUUGGAUAGAUAUUGAACAGUUCCGAAGAAUCGUUUUUAAAGACCAAAAGCAAAGAGAGGCAAAGUCUAUAUACAUUAAAAACAAAUACCUUAAUAAAAAAUACUUCUUCGGACCCAGAAGUCCAGCUUCCUUGCAACAACAGAACCAGAUAAUGCUUCAUAGUGGUGGCUGGGGCAAGAUUCUUCACGAGCAGCUUGAUGCAUCUGUGCUGGUGGAAAUCCAGAGGCACGUCUUGAAUAGGCUGGAAAAUGUGUGGCUGCCAUUGUUUCUCUCGAGUGAACAGUUCGCAUCACGUCAGAAGCUAAAGAUACAGAUGAAAGACAUAGCGGAUGAGCUCUUACUGCAGAGGCAUGACAGGAAAAUUGGAGUUUGGAAGCCUGUGGAGAGUAAGUGGAUAUCUUCCUCCUGUGAGAUUAUUGCUUUCCGUAAAGCACUAUUGAAUCCAGUCAUCGCAAGGCAGUUUCAACGGUUUGUGGCCCUGAAAGGAGAUUUAUUGGAAAAUGGAGUUCUUUUUUGGCAAGAAGUACAAAAGUUUAAGGAUUUAUGCCACUCACACUGUGAUGAAUCUAUCAUCCACAAGAAGAUUACAACCAUCAUCAACUGCUUCAUUAACUCCUGCAUCCCACCAGCAUUACAGAUCGACAUUCCAGUUGAGCAAGCCCAGAAGAUCAUUGAACACAGGAAGGAGCUGGGGCCGUAUGUGUUCCGAGAGGCACAGAUGACAAUUUUUGGAGUUCUGUUUAAGUUUUGGCCACAGUUUUGUGAGUUUAGGAAGAAUUUAACUGAUGAGAAAAUCAUGAGUGUUUUAGAGAGAAGACAAGAAUAUAAGCAGAAAAGGAAAGCAUCAGACUUAGAAGAGGAGAAGGCAGGAAAGACUGGAGUCAAGCAGUAUGCAAGUACUACAUGCUCUCUUUCGAAACCUACCUUAGGCAGCGAGUCCCUACUAGUCCUACAGUCCUACGGCCGGCAGCCAACCUGGUGCUAUUCAAAGUACAUAGAAGCCUUGGAACAAGAGCGAAUUCUUCUGAAAAUUCAAGAAGAAGUGGAAAGGAAAAUGUUCACAGGGUAGCAACAUUCCAGUCCAUGCUCAGCUCCUCCUGGGACAAGCACCAGGAUUUCUUUAAGCUACUGUUAACUAACAUGAGAAGCUGAAUGCCCAGGGUGUCGAAUAGUCUGCGUUCCUUUAGAAUGCUAUCCAUGAUAGGCUAGAAGAAUUAAAGACUUUUGCCUAUCAUACUCUGUAAGGGAAAACGUGUCAUCUUUAACAGGCAUCCCUUGCAGGCUCACCAUAUCUGCUUAGCAGAUCUAUUCAUUGGAUGGCUAGGGGUAUGAGUAGUCCUAGUGUAACAGAAACACAGGAAACACCGAAGAGCCCUCCGCCCGCCUGUGGUGUGAACUACGGAUGCACUCAUGGUCUCUGCGCAGCGGGACCCACAGGACCCAUAUGACAAGGGUUAGCAUUUUGGGUGCCUUGCACCACUCCAGGCAAGCCUUCCAGACACCUCAGUGGUUUUAAUUUGGACUUGCACUACAGACUACUCUUGAUGCAGACUGUUAGAGCCUAAAGAAACAGUGCUUAGAAAGGGAGAAGCCCUGGCACAGGUUCCACGUGCGGCAAAGGAGAACCAGACCUCAUGUAAGGGAAGCCUGAGAGGGGCCCUUGUGACCCAAAUAACUAAGGCGCUCCAAGGACGACAACCCAGACUAGAAACUAUGUCUUACAGUCCCACAGUCCCAAGAGGUCUUUUCAAAGAUAAGAUUGUCAUCCCAAAUUCUCCAGGCAGUUUGGAACUUUAAAUAGGGACCAUAUCAGUUGACAUACUUCGAAGGUCCCCUCUCCUCUAAAGAAGGGACUCAGGGUUUGCCAUCUGUUUGCUUUUGGAGAUGAGAUCCUGCUGGGCUGUCUAGGCUGUCCUCAGCCCUCCCGAGUCUCUGGGAUUUCCAGACAAGGUGUGGAUCACCAUGCCCUGCUAGAUAGAGUGUCCCUGGCACCGUGCCUGCAGAACCCCUCUUCAGUGGCUGCGGAGCUGGUCACUGUUUCACCAAGCCCUGAAAGAGCUCAGUGCCUUGUGGGCUUUGACCCUUCUCCCUCCUCUGCUUCAGCUAAGAUUGUAUUGAUUUGUUUGUUUUCUUGAUGUUCAAUUUUUCUGUUCUCUCAACAUGUUAAUUAUAAUUU